UUUAGAAGUCAAAUUAUCUGAAUAUUUAAUUGUAUUUGUGUGUGUGGUGGAGAAGUGUUUUCUCUGGAGGUUACUACUAUUUCCAUGGGAGAGGUUGAUCCAGCUUUCAUUCAAAACCCUGAAUUCAGGCCAAAACUCGAAUACAUCGAAGCUGAAGAGAUCCCAGUUAUCGAUCUAUCCAAUUUUAGCACCGUUGACACCAAAGAGCUUGUGUUAGAGAUUGGAAAUGCAUCCAAAAACUGGGGGUUCUUUCAAGUUAUUAAUCAUGGAGUCCCGUUGGAGCUGCGUCAAGGAAUGGAAAAGGUAGGAAAAGAAUUUUUCCAUCUGGGUUUGGAAGAGAAGAGGAAGGUGAAGAGGAAUGAGUUUAAUUCAAUGGGGUAUCAUGACAGUGAGCAUACCAAAAAUGUUAGGGACUGGAAGGAGGUCUUUGAUUUCUUGCUGAAGGAUCAAACAGUGAUCCCAGCAUCUCAUGAGCCUGAUGAUCAGGAGCUGAGGACUUUGUUUAAUCAGUGGCCUCAUUACCCUACUAGUUUCAGGGAGGUAUGCCAAGAAUAUGCUAGAGAAGUGGAGAAAUUAGGAUUCAAGUUACUGGAACUCAUCUCUUUGAGCUUGGGUUUACCUGCUGACCGGUGUCAUCCAUACUUCAAACACCAAACCAGUUUUAUUAGGCUGAAUUACUAUCCUCCAUGCCCUGCUCCCCACCUAGCUCUUGGCGUGGGAAGACACAAAGAUGCUGGUGCCUUGACGGUCCUCGCUCAAGACGAUGUUGGAGGACUAGAGGUUAAGCGAAAAUCAGACGGAGAAUGGGUUAGAGUUAAGCCAAUCCCAGAUGCUUUCAGCAUCAAUGUUGGUGAUGUUGUUCAGGUGUGGAGCAAUGAUGCUUAUGAGAGUGUAGAACACAGGGCAGUGGUGAACUCUGUGAAGGAAAGGAUUUCAAUACCAUUCGUCAUGUUCCCUACACACACUGUUUCAGUGAAGCCAUUGGAUGAGCUAGUCAAUCAGCAAAACCCUCCAAAGUACAAGGAGUACAACUGGGGAAAGUUUCUUGCCAAUAGGAACCGCAGCGAUUAUAAGAAGCGCACAGUCGAAAAUAUCCAAAUCGAUCAUUUUAAAGUCUCAGAGUAAUCGGGAGAUAAGACGGUAUUCCGCUUGUCUUUGUUUAAUGAAUAACAAUGGUGUUUUAAUGGACUCCUAAUCAUGUCAUCAACAAAGAAUUGCACUUGUAAUACAAUAUUUCCUUGUGGUUGGGAUUC